AUGGGCAAGAUUAUAUUCUACGAGGACAGGAAUUUCAAGGGUCGCUCCUACGAGUGCGGCAGCGAAUGCUCGGACCUGCAUUCCCACUUCAGCCGCUGCAACUCCAUCAGAGUGGACAGCGGUGAUUGGAUGGUUUUUGAAAGACCCGGAUAUAUGGGGUACCAGUACUUCUUAAAGAAGGGCGAGUACCCCGACUACCAGCAAUGGAUGGGGUUCAACGACUGUGUGCGAUCCUGCCGUUUGAUCUCUACGUCCCAAAGCUCUCACAGGAUAAUGAUAUACGAGCGGCCAGAGUUAGGAGGAGAUACGAUGGAGCUGACUGACGACUGCCCCUCGCUGAACGAACUAUUCAACCGCAACGACGUCUACUCCUGCAACGUGAGGGACGGUUACUGGAUCUUCUACGAACAACCCAACUACAGGGGACGCCAAUACCUGAUGAACCCCGGGGAAUACAGGAGGUUUAAUGAGUGGGGAAGCACCACGUCUCGGGUGGGAUCCAUCAGACGUAUCGCUGUGUGA